GAGUGCUUGGCCCCAGGGCGUGCGGGAGCCGUGCCGGGAGAGCCUCGGGGCAGCCGAGAGGCCGGAUAAACCACAGGAUUUGACCCGCCUUUGUUGUACAACCCGAGCGUGUGCGUGCAUGUGCACAGACAAGAGCCUCUGCGGGAGCUGUUUGCCAGACUCACCCAGUUGCUGGGAACAGAACAAACUGCUCUUCACCUCCCCAGUCACACUCAGCGCUGCGGACCCAGCCCAGCAGGUAGCCAGGAAAGAGCUUCCCUGCUCCGAAAGGUGCUUGGAUCCAGCCACCUCCCUCUAGACCUUUACCAGCUGGACAGCCCUGGGACACCUCGCUGUGCCGCGCAGCCAUUCCUGGAUGAAGAGACUCUGAAGACCCUUGGCCAUGCCCCACGCUGGGUACUUCACACCCCACAGCCCCUGAUGAACAGGGAAGGAACCUGAACCUCCCUUAACCAGGUUGGGUGACUCUGGCCUCUGCCGACCACCAUGGAUUGGAAGACUCUGCAGGCGCUGCUCAGCGGGGUCAACAAGUACUCGACGGCCUUUGGCCGCAUCUGGCUCUCCGUGGUCUUUGUCUUCCGAGUGCUGGUCUACGUGGUGGCAGCCGAGCGGGUCUGGGGGGAUGAGCAGAAGGACUUUGACUGCAACACGCGGCAGCCGGGCUGCACCAACGUCUGCUACGACCACUUCUUCCCCAUCUCCCACAUCCGCCUCUGGGCCCUGCAGCUCAUCUUUGUCACUUGCCCUUCCCUCCUGGUCAUCAUGCACGUGAGCUACCGGGAGGACCGCGAGAAGAAGAACCGGGAGAAAAAUGGGGAGAAUUGCCCCAAGCUCUACAGCAACACGGGCAAGAAGCACGGUGGGCUGUGGUGGACGUACUUGCUCAGCCUCUUCUUCAAGCUUAUCAUAGAGAUCUUGUUCCUCUACCUCCUCCACAAGAUGUGGGACAGCUUUGACUUGCCACGGCUGGUCAAGUGCUCCAACGUGGAGCCCUGCCCCAACAUUGUAGACUGCUACAUCGCUCGGCCAACUGAGAAAAGAGUCUUCACCUAUUUCAUGGUCGGAGCCUCCUCCAUCUGCAUCAUCCUCACCGUCUGUGAGAUCUUCUACCUCAUCUUCAAGCGGGUUGUGCAGAGCACACGGAAGUGGAAGAAGUCCAUCAAGCGCUCCGUCAGCUACAGCAAGGCCUCCACCUGCCAGUGCCACCUCAAGAUAGAGGAGAAGGACAACAAGUCCCAGACGAGAGGCGAGGAGCUGUGAGGUCACCCAUCCCAGCUGGUUCACCUUCCCCUUGGCCCAGCAGCUUUCCAAGCCUGCCAAGUCCCUGAACCCUCGAGAGCUGACCCAUGUGAAAAAUAACUAAAGCAAACAGACUAAAGCCCCUCGAGAGAGGCCUGUGGGUGCCUGAGCAGAUGCAGGUAAGGUGAGGGCAGCCCCAGAGCUCUGCUGGCUGCACGUGGUGCUGCUGCAGGGCUUGGACAUCUCCACCAAGGCACCAAGGCCACGCACCGAGCAGCCCUGCCAUGGCAGCCAGUGCUGCCAGCCCAGCAGUGAGCCCAGCCAUGAAGGGAUGAAGCCAUUGAUUUGAAGAGGACAUGGGACUGGGGCUGGCAGGGGGAGCAUGGAGGCUCCUGUAUCCCAACAGCUUCUCUUGGGUCCUCCAGCUGGGGCAGGGGCAGCUUUUCCCGCCUUGCUCAUGCAAGCUCUGUGCCAAUGUCCUGCCCAAGUGGCUUUACUGUGUCCCUCAGUGCCUUUGUGUGUCCCCUCACCUCAGACAGACCUGUCACGUGCAGCAUCAGCUACAGAUCCACCAGGCCAAUAAACCCAGUGCUGUGUGCAGACACUGGGACCUGCUCUGCACACUGUACAUCGAGGGGACUGGUGAGGGCAGAAGAAAUGGACUCGUGGAGGUGCCCCAGGAGCCCCUGGCCGGGUGCUCCUCACUCCAGCCCAGCCAGGGCAGCGUGGCUGAGCCCCUGGGCCUUCAUGUCCAGCCCCUGCCCACUCCACCUCCUCCCAGCUUGUCUCGCCUCCUUAACCUGUAACCCACCAGAGCUGCACGCUGGCCCCGAGGAAAUCAAGGAGGGAUCAGCAUCAA